CACCAUCUCUCCGCUUUGUUGUCAUUGUCUCUCUGUGGACCAUGGCCUCUCACUCUAAUGAAGAACCGUUCCCCUUCCACGGGCUGCUCCCCAAAAAAGAAACCGGUGCCGCCUCGUAUCUCACCAGGUUCCCCGAGUACGAUGGCCGAGGAGUGCUCAUCGCCAUCCUCGACACCGGCGUGGACCCCGGGGCCCCCGGCAUGCAGGUCACAACUGAGGGGAAGCCAAAGAUCGUCGACAUCAUCGAUACAACAGGCAGCGGUGACGUGAACAUGACCACGUUGGCAGAGCCUAAAGAUGGGACAAUCACUGGCCUCUCUGGUAGAGCGCUUAAGAUCCCUCCUGCCUGGGUCAACCCGUCAGGGAAGUAUCGCAUUGGAGUUAAAAAUGGCUAUGAGUUCUUCCCUAAGGCUCUCAAAGAAAGAAUACAGAAAGAGCGAAAGGAGAAGAUGUGGGACCCACCACACCGAGCAUCACUAGCUGAGGUGUCUCGUAAGACGGAAGAGUUUGACCUCUCUCACCCAACACCCUCACAGAUGGAGAAGUUGCAGAAGGAAGAACUGCAGAGUCAGUCAGAGUUGCUGGCAUCAUUAGAAAAGAAGUACAGUGAUCCUGGUCCUGUAUAUGACUGUGUGCUUUGGCAUGAUGGCGUCACAUGGAGGGCUGUAGUUGACACUUCAGAGAGUGGAGAGCUGUCCCAGUGCACUGUGCUUAGCUCCUACAAAGAGACGCAGGAGUUUGCCACGUUAGGAAAUGCUGAGAUGCUUAACUACUCUGUUAAUAUUUACGACGAGGGAAACACACUCUGCAUCGUCACCAGUGGAGGUGCUCAUGGGACACAUGUGGCAAGCAUUGCAGCAGGUUACUUCCCAGAGGAGCCUGAGCGCAACGGUGUGGCCCCCGGUGCCCAAAUCCUGGCUCUGAAGAUCGGAGACACCCGCCUCAGCACCAUGGAAACAGGCACAGGACUCAUCCGCGCGAUGAUUGAAGUCAUCAACUACAAGUGUGAUCUGGUUAACUAUAGCUACGGGGAAGCCACCCACUGGCCCAACACAGGGAGGAUUUGUGAGGUGAUCACAGAGGCUGUGCAGAAGCACAACGUCAUAUUUGUUUCAAGUGCAGGAAACAACGGCCCGUGCCUCUCCACUGUCGGCUGCCCGGGGGGAACCACCGGCAGUGUCAUAGGAGUUGGAGCAUAUGUGACUCCAGACAUGAUGGUGGCAGAGUAUUCCCUGAGGGAGAAGCUGCCUCCCAAUCAGUACACCUGGUCGUCCAGGGGCCCCAGCACAGACGGGGCCCUGGGCGUCAGCAUCAGUGCGCCUGGCGGGGCCAUAGCCUCUGUACCCAACUGGACUCUUCGUGGUACCCAGCUGAUGAACGGCACAUCCAUGUCAUCCCCUAAUGCCUGUGGCGGCAUCGCACUAAUCCUCUCAGGACUGAAGCAGAGCGGGAUCCGUCCGUCUGUUCCUGCGGUGAGGAGAGCGCUGGAGCACACAGCUCAGAAGCUCGAUGACAUCGAGGUGUUUGCACAGGGUCAUGGAAUAAUCCAGGUGGACAAGGCAUUAGACUACCUCACUCAACAUGCCACUUUACCCACAAGCCAACUUGGCUUCUCAGUAAGUGUGGGAUCACAGAGAGGCAUCUACCUCAGGGACCCGGCCCAUAUCCUUGCACCCUCAGAUCACGGAGUAGGAAUUGAACCCAUCUUUCCGGAGAACACAGAAAACUCUGAGCGAAUCUCCUUGCAGCUACACUUGGCGCUCACAUGUGCCGCCCCGUGGGUCCAGUGCCCCUCCCAUCUAGAGCUGAUGAACCAGUGCCGUCACGUGAAUGUCCGCAUCGAUCCUAUGGGACUGAGGGAGGGAGUGCACUACACAGAGGUCUGUGGGUAUGAUACAGCAGCACCUAGCUGUGGCCCCCUAUUCAGAGUCCCAAUCACAGUCAUUAUCCCCACCAAAGUGACAGAUAGUCGUAAUCAGGAGGUGUGCUUCACAGACGUCCACUUCAGACCGGGCCAGAUCAGGCGCCACUUCAUCACUGUUCCUCAGGGAGCCUCCUGGGCAGAGAUCACACUGACCUCUCAUACGGGAGACGUGUCGUCAAAGUUCGUUCUCCAUGCGGUGCACCUGGUCAAACAGAGAGCGUACAGAGCUAAUGAAUUCUACAAGUUUUCCUCACUGUUGGAAAAAGGCUCACUGACUGAGGCGUUCCCUGUGCUGUCAGGAAGGAUAGUCGAGUUGUGCAUCGCACGCUGGUGGGCGAGCCUGGGUGACGUCACCGUGGACUACAGCAUCUCGUUCCAUGGACUCAACACUACCCCUUCUCCCCUGCACAUACAUGCCUCAGAGGGAGUGACUAAUUUUGAUGUGUCGUCGCCUUUGAGAUACGAGGAGGUGUCCCCCACUAUCACCCUCAAGUCUUGGGUUCAGCCUCUCAGGCCCUUAAAUUCAAAGAUAAAAGCCCUGGGAUUGAGGGACGUUCUACCUAACAACAGACAACUCUACGAGAUUGUCCUCACCUACAGCUUUCACCAGCCUAAGAGUGGAGAAGUCACCCCCAGCUGUCCCAUGCUGUGUGAGCUGCUCUAUGAGUCUGAGUUCGACAGUCAGCUCUGGAUGCUGUUUGAUCAGAACAAGAGACUACUGGGCUCAGGGGACGCUUAUCCACACCAGUAUUCUCUGAAACUGGAAAAGGGCGACUACGCUGUGCGUCUGCAGGUCCGCCACGAGCAGUCCAGCGAACUGGAGCGCCUUAAGGACCUACCGUUUGUGGUUUCUCAUCGUAUGUCCACCACGCUCAGUCUAGAUGUCUACGAGUCACACCGUGCUGCCCUCAUGGCCAAGAAGAAGGCAAACACUGUCACCUUGUGCCCAGGUGCCACACAACCCUUCUACGUCACAGCCCUGCCCGACGACAAGAUCCCUAAGGGAACGAGUCCGGGAUGUUAUCUUUCAGGCUCUCUGGUUGUCCCCAAGAGCGAGUAUGGCAAGAAAGCAGGGCAGGCCUCUGCAAAACGACAAGGAAAGUUUAAAAAGGAUAUUGUGCCUGUCAUCUACCACUUAAUUCCUGCUCCCAACAAAACAAAGAAUGGAGGGAAGGAGAAGGACAAGGAGGGGGACAAAGAAAAAGACGUGAAAGAGGAGUUUGCUGAAGCUAUGAGAGACUUAAAGAUCCAGUGGAUGACAAAGUUGGACUCUAGCUCCAUCUAUGAUGAACUGAGGGAGAACUACCUAGAUCACCUCCCGCUGCAUGUGCAGAGACUGCAUCAGCUGGACUCUGAAAAGGAGCGUGUAAAACGUCUGAAAGAGGUGGUAUCAGCAGCCGACAUUGUCGUCUCCCACAUCGACCAGACGGCCUUGGCUGUUUACCUCACCCUGAAGACGGACCCUCGGCCCGAUGCCGCCUCUAUCAAGACCGACAUGGAGAAGCAGAAGUCGUCUCUGCUGGACGCUCUGUGUAGGAGGGGCUGCGCUCUGGCCGACCAGCUCCUGCUGCCCCCUGUGCCACAGGACGGCGCCGCUGCUGUCUCCACGGGACAAUCAUCAGCAGCAGCAGCAGCAGAAGAAGAAGAAGAGGAGGAGGUCGGGGAACAGGUGGCCAGCAGCUCUGACGACACCGUGCACAGCGUGAUUACAGCUCUGACAGAUACGUUUUGGGAGGUGCAGAAGUGGGCGGAGCUAACUGACUCCAAGGUGUUGAUGUUUUCAUACAAACACGCUCUUGUGAACAAGAUGUACGGCCGAGCCUUAAAAUAUGCCUCAAAGAUGGUGGAGGAGAAGCCGAGCAAAGACAACAUGAAGAACUGCAUCCAGCUGAUGCGACACCUCCAAUGGACACACUGUGCCACCUUCAGUGAGAACUGGCUCCCUGUCAUGUACCCCGCAGAAUACACGCCAUUCUAGGCCAAGACCCACAUGCAUGCAUGAGCAGCAUGGCCGUACAUGGUUAAUUGGAUAUCAUGUCCCUCAGGGUCACAUGAUCUAUGCAUCUGGGUUUUCAAAUUUAGACAUUGGUUGACAGCUAAAUGAAGGAUAACACCGACUGUUUAUGUUUCGAGGCACUGAAUACCUUAUCAAGCGAGAAGGGAUCAUGUUUGUCCUGUUUUUAAAUGUCUUGUUGAACAUCACAGCUCUGCAGACCACGUGGCAUGAAAGUUCAUUAUAAUGCCACCAAUGUUUAAAUUUUUAAAAUGCUUCAAACCUCUGAGCCUGUAGCUCAGUGCUCUCUUGGUUCGGUGUUGUCCUUUUAUUUUGGUGUCAUCUACACAUUUGGAAGCUCUCACAUCCCCACUCAUCCUCAGCUGUCUGGACUUCACAUUAACCUCAUUCUCUUGUGUAAAUACUGUAAAAGGGCCAGUGUGGGCUCAAGGGAAGCAUCCCAAGUCUUUAAAAAAAACAACAACUGGUACCCCAACUACUCACACAAACAAAUCAACAGCAGCAAAACUCAUGACUGGCUGUUAUGAUACUUCAAGAUUGGAGGACUUGCUGCUGCAUGAUGUUCGGACAUACGGGGGGGGGGGCACGCAGAAUCUGCCUGGUCCCUGACUUAAAAGGGAGACAGAACUUGAUAUCUAUUUUUCUUUGUUUUUUCAAUUGUUCCAGCCAGGCCGGGUUGAUAAAGUUAACAUUUAGUCUUGUCUGUCUUUUAGGCUCAGAUUCAUGUACACAGAACACAAAACAGUAUUGAGGUGCCUUCCUACAUGUACCUUACCGUUUUUUCUGAUGGGAUGAAAAACAGUGAGAGGCUGCAGAAUCAUUACCGUCAGCCGCUUGCUGUCAUUUCACCCAUCAGCCUUUGGUGUCAAAUGUGGCUUUAAAGCUCAUCUCUGCAGCACGAGUGGUUCGUGCACUGUAUGCAGGCCGUCAGUGACGUGUCAGAUAAUAGGAAGCCACAAACGCACUUCAUACUGCAGCGACCUGAGCAGCACAUUUGACAAACCAUCUUCACAGACCUCACUAACAUAAGAAGUGCUGUCGUGGGCAGCGGAAGGAUGUUCAGAUUUCAUUGUAAAAAUGUUCACUGAGUAUUAGAUGUUUCCCUGCAGCAUUCAAAAUGUUGCAUUUGUACACAGUGUCAUAAAAUAAUGUACAUACACACAACAUAAAAAUAUUAAGAUGCAAUAGGUAUAUAAUACAAAUAUUAUUCGGAUUGAUGUAUUUUGCAUAUAUGCAUGUCUUCUAGGAUGUAAGGAAAAACAAUAGUUUUAUUUGGAAGCAGAUUUUAGUUUGUUUCAAUUUGAGAGAUUUUUAAUCCCAUACAAGAGUCUGACGAUAAUCCACAAGUGUGUGUGUGUGUGUGCGUGUGUGUGUGUUUGUGAAUGAUUUAACAUGUUAUUUGUGAGCAUAUUUUGUGUACUUGAACAUUUUCUCUCUACAGAACUGAAACGAUAGCUAACUAGAGGGUUUAAGCAUGAUUUUUUUUUUCUUCAGAUACUUACCUUAUUUAACCGUAUUUACUUUAAAGGACAAAGCCAGCGGUUUUGCAUGUUUUAUCCGAUUAACUUAAAAUCACAAAAUGUCAUCACAACUAACCAUUUUACAUCUGUUAUUUUAGAUUUUUUCCAGGUAACUGUUUCUUAUCACCUUAAUAUGAGGAGACUUUUAAAUCUCCCAUAGUUAACACCAAAUCUGCAUUAAAGGCCUUAAAACCAAACCAGAGAUAUCUGGUCCCAACUGACAAGACAGUUUAUUAGAACUUGUUGCAGCUCUCGAGCCACAAAAGGAUUUAUACUUGUCUACAUACGCAGUAGUAGCCAUUUGCUACUGCUUGAAGAAUUUGUUUUUUCGUGUUAAUGGAAAAUAACAGCUGUAGAGAUUGGUAGGAAAAUGCACCGCAUGCAUUUGUUAACUGUCAGGUGUACAUGAUUUUGAGUUGAUCUAAAACUUCCAAAAACACUGGCAUGGUCCUCUUUAAAAUAUCUCACCUGAAUCACGUAACAGCUGAAGACAAGCGGCUGUUUGUUUUCACAAUGCCAGUGCAAAUGAGGACCACGCUAAAGAUACAAACCACAUAUUAACUUUUUAUCUUUUAUAAUUGUGAUUCUAAACCGUUUCCACUUGUUCUGUAAAACAAAGUUUGAUCCGUAGUUUAAACAAAUAAGGAUUGUCCCACAGUUGGUUUCGAGAAGCACGAAGGCUUAACAUUAUAAAAUAAAUCUUCACAAUAUUGAAUAGAUGAAGCAAUUAGAUUUUACCCUCAAACCCGGCAGUUUGAGAACCACUGGUCUCCUACAUGUUACAGCUCUAAAUUAUGUUUCAAGUCCUCACAAGUAGAAGGUGCAUGCUUAAGAAUGUAAAAGCAGCUGCUUUUUAAGCCGAGGCCUUUCAUCCUCAUAGGAGUAGACAAUCUUUUCUGGGGUGACAGGUGACUGUACGUACGGAGCAAAUCAGUGGUCACAACUCGACGCAGGGGUAAGGACACCUUGUGUUUCUGUUUUUAGCUCUGACACACUUUCUGCAGCGGCCUCAGCGCGGACGUCUCCAGGUGUGCUGGAGUCAGUUGGGUUCGACAGAAUUUGUGCUCAUCGUGUGUUACUUUCCGCAUGUUCUGUUUACUCGUGCGUCCUCGUCCUUUUUUCUCUUUUCCUUUUGGGGUUUGGUUCAGGCAGUAAGCGUUGCCAAUAACAGUCUCUAAAAAUGGCCUUAACUUUCACCACAGGACUGUACCGUCCGUUUCUAGCACCAAACAGAUUAUCUCUAUGUCUGUUGCUUCUUCUGGAUGUUGAGUGUUUAUAUUUGUAGUCAUUAAAUCUAGUAAAUGCCAAUAUUUUACAGAAUGUUAUGAGAUAAGGUUGUAUGCUCUAAUUAUUAUUUUAUACACAUUCUUCCUCGAUGAUGUGGGAAAGACCCAAACUACUGUCACACUAUUUUGUGGUCAGAAAGGAAUAACGUCACAAACACGGAAACCAACACUGAAUAAAAAUUAUU